AUAAAAUAAAAUUCUUCAAGUUUAGAUGCCUCGAGAGUAUCAAAAAAUAACUAACUGACGACUGACGAAGCCAUACGCUUCUGCAAUUACUGAGUACUGGCUUCGCAAUUUCCGUCGACUGCUACAUCUUCACUUUCCGCUCUUCUCUCUGUUCGUUGUCAUAUUCUUCUCCCUUCGAUGACGUCUAUAUCACCGUUCGGACUCUGUCUCCACCGCGCAUCCGCCGCAUUCCACCACCAGCUGCCUUGCCUGUUAUCUCUGCCUAGCCACAAACUUGCUGCAUCCUCUAAAUGUUUCCUACCGGUACGCCUUUCGGACUCUCGCGAGACCUUUCGCCUUGCUGCAGCCAACACUUUGACGGCCAAUUCUGUACCGCCUAGAAAUGGUGUCUAUACAGUCGGUGAUUUCAUGACUAGAAAAGAGGAGUUACAUGUGGUAAAGCCCACAACAUCAGUAGAUGAAGCCUUGGAAGCUCUAGUAGAACACAGAAUCACUGGUUUCCCUGUAAUUGAUGACAACUGGAAAUUGGUUGGUCUUGUUUCUGACUAUGAUCUAUUGGCGCUUGACUCUAUAUCAGGUACAGGAACAGCUGAUGCAGACAUGUUUCCUGAAGUAGACAGCAAUUGGAAAACAUUCAAUGAGAUCCAAAAGUUGCUAGGUAAGACCAAAGGGAAAGUGGUUGGUGAUCUGAUGACACCUGCUCCAUUAGUAGUUCGUGAAUCUACCAAUCUUGAGGAUGCAGCAAGACUUUUACUGAAAACGAAGUAUCGUCGGCUUCCUGUGGUAGAUGGUGAUGGUAAGCUGGUGGGAAUAAUAACAAGGGGAAAUGUUGUAAGAGCCGCCCUUCAAGUAAAGCGGGCAAACGAAAUGGAAGGUUUGACAUGUACCUAUCUUAGUUAACUGUAUGCACUUUUACUAGCAAGAAUCAUAGUUUGUCCCUUCUUUCAAAGGAUCUGCUCAUCGAGGCAAACUUAUAAUAAGUGCGGUUCCCAACCCUACACUAUGUCAGAAUCUAGGAUAUCUAUGUAAAUCUACAGACUUGUAGGAGACUUCAUCAGCGAAUAAGACAUUGCAGACAUCAUUCUGGUAGAUAAUAUGGUUCAAAUGUUACAUGGAAAAGCGAAGUGUUCGAGUCAAAACUCUUCAGAGGUUUGAACCACAGAAGAAACACAGAUAAUUUUCUGUAAGCGGGAAACAUUUUAGGUGGACCUUAAAAAACCUUAAACAGUAGGCAUCUUCGUUGACUGUGGAACUUUACUCUUUGAUUGAAUUUUGUUACUUUUGUUAUCAAUGAUAUUUUCUUCAUUUCUAACUUUAAGUUUCA